AUGCGGGGCAAGUGGGGCUAUCUCCUCCUCCAUCCCCCCACUCAGACAUAUCGAAAAACAUUUUCUGUCGGCGAUUCUAAAUUCUCAAGGCAAUAUAUAUAUAAGUAUACCGCCAGGAAGCCCUCCAUGACGACCCAUCGCAACCCUCCCUUCCGAGCCGAGCAUCUGGGCUCCCUGCUUCGACCCAAAGAAUUCCUAGAAAAGCGUGCGGCCUUUGAGAAGAAGGUGUUGAGCCAAGAAGAUACUACCAAGGCUGAAGAUGAGGCUAUUACCAAAGUAGUUAACGUGCAGACCGAGGUUGGAUUCCGUGCUGUUUCUGAUGGCGAAUACCGACGUGCAGUCUUCUGGGGUACCUUCUUCGAGGAGCUGGAAGGCAUGACCGAGAUUCGUAAUCCGUCCAUGGACAUCUUCCGUCCGUAUGUUCCGGACAUUGCUGGCUUCAUUGAGAAAGGCCACAAGCCUGGACAAUCAUGUCUCUGCACUGGCAAGAUCCGCCACAAGGGAGAGAGUACACUGGUUGGCCAGUUUGAGUUUCUCAAGACGCUGAUACCAAAGGAACGAUGGGGUGAUAUUAAGUUGACGAUGAUUGCGCCGCCUUGGUAUCACAUGCGGUACAAGGACGGCCUGGCGUUUCCCAAGGAUGUAUAUGCCGAUGAUGAAGAGUACUUUUGGGAUAUUGCGCAGGCUUUCAGGGUAGAAUUAGAUAUUCUAUAUGCAGCUGGAGUAAGGAACAUCCAAAUCGAUGACCCAAACUUUGCCUACUUUUGCUCCGAGAAGAUGCUUGCUGGAUGGGCAGAGGACAAGUCCAAUACCAAGACGCCAGAUGAAUUACUGGAUGCAUAUAUCAAAUGCUACAACGACUGCAUCGCGAACCACUCUAGCAAAAUGCACUUCGGUCUCCACAUCUGCAGAGGAAACUUCAUGGGUUCCCGCCACUUCUCGGAAGGUGGAUAUGACCGUAUAGCCACGAAGCUUUUCCAGACCCUCAACGUAGCAACCUACUAUCUCGAAUAUGACACUCCACGCGCUGGCGGGUUUGAGCCCUUGUUGCACCUCCCAUCUCACAAGAAUGUCAUCCUGGGAGUCAUCACUUCGAAGUUUCCAGAGCUGGAAGAUAAAGAGGAGAUGAAGGAGAGGAUCUUCGCUGCGGCGGAUGUGAUGGCGAAAGGAGCGAGUCAGACGAGAGAUGAGGCAUUGACGAGGAUUGGUGUUUCUCCACAGUGUGGAUUUGCUAGUCACGAGGAGGGUAAUUUGUUGGGUUGGGAGGAUAUGAAGAAUAAAUUGAAGCUGGUGAGGAGCAUUGCUGAUGAUAUAUGGCCUGAGGAGCCGUAA